AACAGUACAAAUAUUUUCCAUAUAAAGGCCAAAGUUUCGUAUGUAUUUGCACAUUGGAUCGAAUCAGCUAUAUCUUUCCAUCAAAAGUCGUAUCCAGAUUUUGUUGAACGAUCAAUAGAGAUGGUUCUAACCGGAAAGAUGAUCAUGUACUUAGAUAUCAGUUCACGUGGAGACAUAUUGCAUGAUCUCGUGAGGCACAGACCACAUGACAUCCCUUCCAUUUCCCCUGAUAAGCUUCAURGAUGUGAUCUCCUUGAGGGUGAACGAGGAGCUGUUGGUUCUGUCAUCUGCUGGGACUAUACCCAAGAUGGAGAAAAGAAAAGAACAACGGAGGUAAUUGAAGAAAUUGAUGAGACAAACCACAAGAUAGUGCUCACUGCAAUUGAAGGAGAUCUUCUGGGAGAUCUACACAAGUCCUUCAAGAUCAUAUUUCAUGUUGAACCAAAGGGUGAUGGCCAGUUGUUCGUUGUGACGCUUGAGUUUGAGAAGCUGAAUGCAAGUGUGCCCUAUCCAACAUCUUUCAUGAACUAUUUAUUGCAUCUUAUUACGGACAUGGAUGCACAUAGCAGCAAGUUCUCUGGUUAAAAGAAAAAGAUAUCUGGAGGCAAGUUGAUCAGUUUACGUGUGCAUUUAGCAUAUUAAAUAAGAUAAAUGAAUCAAACAACUUGAAGAAUAAACAAGUGGCAGCUAUAUGGCCAUUUGGGAGCAUGUAUGUUCCGAUUACCCAGGGUGUGCUGUUGUUUCCUUUGUUUGUAUCGUGAUGUCUUCUAAGUGACUGUAUGGUUGUAUGAUUGUUAAUUUGUGAAUCUUUAAACAGUGUCCAUGUUUUAGCCUUGUUUAUAUACAAUGGUAUUUCAUUUCUA